CUCUUCUUUAAGUCACCCAAUUAAUUUCACAUAUAUACAUACAUACACAUAUUGCAUUAAAUUCAUUUAUGUAUAUUCACACAUCUAUAAAGAUAAGCAUUAUUAAACUCUAGAGAUCUAGAGAGAGAGAGAAAGAUGGGGAGGCCUCCAUGCUGUGACAAGAUAGGGAUCAAGAAAGGACCAUGGACUCCUGAAGAAGACAUCAUUCUUGUUUCUUACAUCCAAGAACAUGGUCCUGGAAACUGGAGAUCUGUUCCCACCAACACUGGGUUAUUGAGAUGCAGCAAGAGCUGUAGACUGAGAUGGACAAACUAUCUGAGACCUGGAAUCAAACGUGGAAACUUCACUCCUCAUGAGGAGGGAAUGAUCAUUCACUUACAAGCCCUAUUGGGUAACAAAUGGGCGUCCAUAGCUUCAUAUCUACCACAAAGAACUGAUAAUGAUAUCAAGAACUAUUGGAACACCCAUUUGAAGAAGAAGCUCAACAAGUCUGAGAGUGAAGAGAGAAUCAUUUCAGAGAACAUCCCGUUGCAACCUUCAGCCGCAAGAAACACUAUUAAUCAUAGAUCUACCUAUGCUUCAAGCACUGAAAACAUUUCUCGCCUUCUAGAAGGUUGGAUGAGAGCAUCCCCAAAGAGUAGCACGGCUAACUUCUUGGAACAAAAAUCGCAAAACCGGACUAACGAUCUCAUGGAUCAUCACAAUGAUCAGUCUCCAUAUGAACAAGGUUCUUGGGAUCAGGGAUUCCAUGUUCAUCCAAAGAACUCAGAGGAAAACGUUAAAUGCGAUCAUGAUGUUCAAGAAGAUGGUGAUGGUGAUGGUGAUGCUACUCCACCAUUGACAUUUAUUGAGAAAUGGCUUUUGGAGGAAACAAAUACUGGUGGUCAAAUGGAGGUGAUGAGUCCAUUGAUGGAGCUCUCUAAUAUGCUUUAAUUUAGGAGAUGUCCCCCUCUCUCUUUUUCUUUCUCCCUGUGAAUCUUAUUAAUGUGACUACUAAUUUUAUAGACACAAAUAAAGAAACCAAAAUACAUAAUAUCAUAUGUUUUUUUGGUUUCUCUAAUAUAUAUUUAGUUAAUGAUCACUGCAUAAGUUGUAACUGAUCUGAAUUUGUCUACUCAUUUAUCAAUUUGUAAUAUUAUAUGUAGAGGUUAAAUAUUAUGUAAUAUCAAGAGAACUUUUGGUCA